AUGACGCUGUUCGUUUCCACGCCCCGGUCCAGGUCGAAGAAGUGCUUUAGACUCUUGUUGCUAACGAGUAUUGUCUCCAUGGCUUUUCUCGGUACAAUGUUAUACACUAAAAGUGAGAUACUGACGAAUUCCAGACGAGUGAUAGGAUCGGCAUACUGGAUACUCGCACAGCACAGUGAUGAGAUUGCAGACGGCCUUCUUGUGAAAAUGGCCAGCAAAAACCCAGUGGAAGGAGCCCAGUGCUCCAGACUUAUCAAUGGUGACGAUUUCAACACAACGAAAACCGAAAGUAAUAUGUUCCGAAGAGGACGCAGUCGUGACAUUGCAACAUUUUCAAAGUUGAUCCAAACAGGAAACUGUCAACAUUUCCAAGAAGUGAGGGGGUACAUCAUGAAGCCGGGCAGUCUAGAAGAAAAAAGCUUCCCGAUUUCUUUUAGUAUUAUUGUGUUCAAAAAGUUUUACCAAAUAGAGAGGUUGUUACGCGCCAUAUACCGGCCUCAGAACCAGUACUGUAUACAUGUCGAUCUGAAAUCUGACGACGAGCUUAAAUAUAACUUGGCAAAUCUGACAAGUUGCUUCGACAACGUUUUCAUCUCUUCUAAAACUAUCAACGUACAAUGGGGAAAAUUUUCCGUUCUUGAAGCUGAACUCAUUUGUAUGGAAGAUUUGUUGAAAAGGCCUCGGUGGAAAUAUUUCAUUAAUUUAACCGGGCAGGAGUUUCCUCUGAAAACCAACUGGGAAAUCGUGCGCAUCCUGAAGGCAUACAAUGGAGCUAAUGACAUUGCCGCAACGAUAAGGAGGUGGGUAAAUGCCAUGUAUUUUACAUAUUUGAAAUUAUAUUACCGGACGAGACACAAGGAGCCGGCACCACAUAACAUCACUAUCGUUAAAGGUCCGGUGCAUACGAUAAUGUCCAGAGCGUUUGUCGACUUUAUCAUGCACGACAAAAAGGCUUUGGACUUUCUGGACUGGACAAACGGAACGUACGUCCCGGAUGAGACUUUCUUCGCCACGCUUCAACACAAUCCAGAUCUCGGGACUCCGGGGGCGUUCAGAGGUGAGGAAGAGAUUUACGACGUUAAACCCCAAGCACUCAAGCACUCAUUCUAUUUGACAGGCACGAAUGAAGAGCUUGAAAAGAAGAAGUCCAUGACUCGCUACAAACUCUGGAAGCCUAUCCCCUGCAAUGGCACCUACGUCAGACAAAUAUGCAUAUUCGCCAAGGGGGAUUUACCCAGACUUGCGCAGGCGCCGCAACUGUUUGCGAAUAAGUUCUACUUUGAUUAUGGUGAGCUGGCUUACGAGUGCUUGGACGAAUUACACUGGAACAGGACACGUGACGAGUAUUUGUACGGCUUGAAUUUUAACACGACAUUUUACGAAAAUCUGCCCACAGUGAGACAGGCAGUCAACACAGGACGAGAUUCUGAUAUAUGAGCAGGUCUCGUGAGAAAGAGGUGUCACAAAAAACCAUGCCACAUUAUCGUCACAUAGAACACAAGACACAACGGAAUCAUCCCGUGUAAGAUGAGCGAGACUAAAUAUUCACUUAGCUAGGGAUGUUGGCUGGUGAUGUUAACAUUAGCCUUGCUCAGACCCUGUAGGUAGGGGGCUGUGGCCUAGUGGUUAAAGGAGAAUGUCUUUCAAUCGCUCGGACAGAAGGUGAGGGUUCAAACCCGGCACUGGACACUGAAUUUGUACAUUUCUUCGCUUUCACAGAUUAUAUGGUCUUGUUGACAAUAUAAGGAGUCCACAACGCUCCAGUGGUCUUUUUCACAGCAUAACGUUCAUUGAAGACUCUUGUCUUUGGCAAUUCGGGGUUUAUAUCGGCACAUCACCUGCAGGAAACUUCCAAAACGUCAGUGGUUUAUACCUGAUAUUCCUGUUUCCUCCAACCAUGA